AUGGAAGAGGACCUACAACUCAAUGGCACCGAGCGCAUUUGCGUUGACGGGGAGGUCGCAUUAAUUCCCUCGCCCACCAAUUCUCCAAAUGAUCCACUAAACUGGAGCAGCUGGAGACGGUACUGGCAUUCAUUUUUGGUCCUUGUGUUUGUUGCCCUGACAGCGGCAACCGCCAACGAUGCCGGCAACGCUGGAAAUGGCAUGAACGCUGAUCUGGGUAUCACCUGGGACCAGAUCAACAUUGCUGCAGGAGUUUUGUUUGUCGGCAUUGGAUAUACCACAUUGCUCCUCGGCCCAGCACCUUUCUUAUAUGGAAGACGUAUCUCCUAUCUGAUUUGCCUGGCGUUUUCCGUCAUCGGCUCCAUCGGGCUAGCCCGCACACAAAGUGUCGGGGACAACAUUUGGAGCCAACUUUUCGUGGGCGCCUCCGAAUCCUGUGCGGAAGCCCUUGCCCAGCUGUCUCUUUCUGAUCUGUUCUUUCAGCAUCAAAGAGGUCUGGUGCUGGGAUUAUACGUUCUUGCCACGAGUAUCGGUACAUUCACGGGACCCUUAGUGUCCAGCUUUAUCGUCGACUCUCCCAUCGGGUGGAGAUACGUGGGCUGGCUUGCUGCAAUCAUAUCCGGGGGCUUGAUCGUUGUCUUUUAUUUCACAUUGGAGGAAACAUUCUUCGAUCGGAACAACCCUAUUCACGGACAUGAUGCGCCUCCUGUCAAGGCUGAGCCCACCUUGAAUGACGUCCCGCUGGACAAAAAGGACAAACCGAUUGCGAGCGUGCAGCCGACAUCCUCUGACUGUGAACUCGACGAAGAAUGCGGCCAGGAAAAAGGAAAGACAUAUUUCCAGCGCAUCGCCCUGAUCACCCCAUCGCCAACCCUGGUUGGGACAGGCUUCAAGCAGUAUUGCCGCCGCCUGUUGCACACGCUGCGCGUCUUCACCUUCCCCGCAGUCCUCUACUCGGGCCUUCAAUGGGGUGCCCAAGACGCCUGGCUGACCUUCUACCUCACUGUUGAAGCAGACAAUUGGUACGGGGGACCCUGGAACUACAGCGACGCCGCAGUGGGCAUCAUGAACGUGCCGACCCUGAUCGGGUCGGUCCUCGGCUGUAUCUACGGUGGAUGGUUCUCCGAUUUCUUCGUCAUGUGGAUGGCCAAGCGAAACAAAGGCAUCUUCGAGGCUGAGCAGCGUCUCUGGCUCUUGUUGCCUGUUGCGUUUAUCGGCCCUUCUGGCCUCAUGCUAUUCGGGAUCGGCUCGGAUAAAGGCUGGGACUGGCAUCUGCCGUAUCUUGGACUGGGAUUCAUUGGUUUCGGCUGGGGUUGUGCAGGCGAUCUUAGCAUGGCAUAUCUCAUGGAUGCAUACCCGGAUAUGGUGCUGGAGGGCAUGGUCGGUGUGUGUGUCAUCAACAACACUAUUGGUUGUCUUUUCACAUUCACCGCCCAGAAUUGGUUGGAUGCUCAGAGUCUUGCACAGGUUUUCAUUGCGAUUGGCGUCUUGAGCUUCUGCUUUAUUAUGACUACUGUCCCGAUGAUCUACUGGGGCAAGAAGUGUCGGAAAAUGACUCGGAAGCAGUACGAGGCUUUCCUUAUGCUUCGUGAUGGACCUUCUUAA